AUGUCCGGCAGCUGUCUUACAGCGAAAGAUUGCUCGCAGAUGGCUACACANNGGCGCAUUGGUGCACUGAAACACAACAAAAGGUUGCUCCGGUUUGGAUUGAAUGCCAAGAGACAACGGGAUGUGCCGACGGAUUUGGGCGCAGUUCUGGCAGUCUCAGCAUGCUCCAGUCACACGUGUGCAGUGAGAUCAGAUGGGCAGUUGGUCUGCUUUGGGCGCAUUGGGCGCGACGCCGGGCCGUUGUGCGCUGUGCCGACGAAUUUGGGAGCAGUCGUGGCAGUCUCAGCAGGCGUCGGUCACACGUGUGCAGUGAGAUCAGAUGGUCAGUUGGUUUGCUUUGGAGGUAACGCCUACAAACAAUGCGAUGUGCCGACGGAUUUGGGAGCAGUUGUGGCAGUCUCAGCAGGCUUCGGUCACACGUGUGCCCUGAGAUCAGAUGGUCAGUUGGUCUGCUUUGGAUGGAGCAGGGACGGACAAUGCGAUGUGCCGACGGAUUUGGGAGCAGUUGUGGCGGUCUCAGCAGGCUCCCUUCACACGUGUGCAGUGAGAUCAGAUGGUCAGUUGGUCUGCUUUGGAGACAACUUCGCCGGACAAUGCGAUGUGCCGACGGAUUUGGGAGCAGUUGUGGCAGUCUCAGCAGGCGACCUUCACACGUGUGCAGUGAGAUCAGAUGGUCAGUUGGUCUGCUUUGGAGCUAAACGCGACGGACAAUGCCAUGUGCCGACGGAUUUGGGAGCAGUUGUGGCAGUCUCAGCAGGCGGUCGUCACACGUGUGCAGUGAGAUCAGAUGGUCAGUUGGUCUGCUUUGGAUUGAGCAGCUUCGGACAGCGCGAUGUGCCGACGGAUUUGGGAGCAGUUGUGGCAGUCUCAGCAGGCUUCUGUCACACGUGUGCCCUGAGAUCAGAUGGUCACUUGGUCUGCUUUGGAAUGAGCAACUUCGGACAGUGCGAUGUGCCGACGGGUCUUUGA